AUGCCGACGCGCGAGUAUCAGAUGAGCGAUUAUCACACGUACGAGGCGAUCGGGAAAGGGAAGCACAGUACGGUGUAUAAGGGGCGACGGAAGAAGUCGAUUCAGUACUUUGCGAUGAAGAGCGUGGAGAAAGGACAGAGAAAUCGAGUGAUGCACGAGGUGCAAGUGAUGAAGGCGUUUUCCCACGAAAACGUGUUGAAAUUCAUCGCGUGUUACGAGACGCAAAAUCAUCUGUGGUUGAUUCUGGAAUACUGCGUCGGAGGUGAUUUGUUGACGCUGCUGUCGCAAGAUCUCAAGCUUCCCGAACCUUCCAUCAUGACGUUCGCGCGCGAUAUGUUCGUCGCCGCGCGAGAGUUGCACAGUAAAGGACUGGUGCACUGCGAUUUAAAGCCAAGUAACAUGUUGCUCGACGAAGAAGGGCGGAUUAAGAUUUGCGGAUUCGGACUCAGUCGCAAGGUUUCCACUGUCGUGGCGUCUUCGGGUACGCCCACGCAGCUGUCGCGUCGAGGGACACCGUGUUAUAUGGCUCCGGAGAUGUUUACACAAGAGGGCGUGCACUCGUACGCGACGGACUUGUGGGCGUUGGGGUGCGUGCUGUAUGAGUGCGCCACCGGACGACCCCCGUUCACGAGUACGUCGUUGACAUCAUUGAUCGAACAGAUUUUAGAGCACGAGCCCGCACCGUUGCCCGCGGCGUAUGGUACGACGUUUAAGAAUUUGGUCUCUGGGUUGCUCAUCAAGCGCCCGCACGCUCGUUUGACGUGGGACCAAGUCAUUAACCAUGAAUUUUGGACCGAGCGCGGAGGGCAAUACUUGGACGAUCUUGGUGACUUAGUGACGCUUAGACUCCCACCGCAGCCUUCAUUCGACGCGCUCGCGGCUAAACUGAAGAGCGAGGAUUUGGCGGCGAGACUGCGAAUGCUUGGAAACGCAAGAGCGUCGGGGGCGGUGGACGUGCGCGAUUCUUUCAUGCCCGUCUUGACGCAAAGUUUACGAGAUAGCGUAAACGUCUCGCGACUGUCGAGGAUUGCGCGUUCAAAUUUGGAGCGAGAAGAAGUCGGUUCGUACGCGCCUAGCGGUGCUGCAGCUAUCGAAGGCGACCCCUUGCAAGUCGCUGCCAUUCACGAAGACGUGGAGUUGGAGAAUCCAGACGCUGAGCUCAACUUCACCGCUCCGAGCGGGAACGACGAUUUGGACGUGGACAUGGAAACCGAAGACGUUAUCAUACCUUCAGCUCCCAAAACGCCUCCUAGGGGAGGUCGUCGUGGUGACGAUGAUUACGCAGAUGAAAACAGAGCAGAGAACUUUGCCGAUCCCGCUGAGUCGUUUGGUGACGAGAUGCAGUCGGACAGCGAUGACGCAACUCGCAUCGUGCUCACACCUUCCGACCGCGGACGCUAUACGGCAGAUGAUGAGUUCGAAGAAACGUCGUCUUCGAUGCGUCGCUUGGCGCCGCUUCCGGCGGAGACGCCGGCGGUGAUCGGGAGGACAGAAAGUAGGAUGCCUUCGCUGGCGGCAAGGAAUGAUGUGCUGGCAAAAAGUGUCGAUUACGACAAGUUCAAGAAGCUGUGCACGCAUUCGACCGAUUUGACCGUGCGACCCAUCGUGUCCAAUCACAGAAUUGAAGUGGUGAAAGACGCGCCUCACGAUCCAGAAAAGUUGCCCUUCAAAGAAUUGAGCGUGGACAAAAUGUUGGCGACUUCUCAGAGCGAGCUCGAAGCGUUUCUGACUCGUAUUUACCGCUCCGUGGCGCACCCUUCAAACGUUCAAGAAAAAGUUAACACUUUGGCUUAUUUCGAGACGUUGUGCACCGAGGCGUCGAGCGCGAACGUCUUGGCGAAUUCAUCCUUGAUGUCAAUGUUCGUCCGAGUGCUCGGUAGCAGCAAAUCUCCACCGUUGAAGAUCAAGCUUUGCAGCAUCAUGGGCUUGUUGAUGCGACAUGCGACGCAUAUUAGCGAUGAGUUCGCGAAGAGUGAGGCUGCAAAAGUACUGGCGGGCACUAUGAGCGACGAAAACUCUCGCGUGAGACGCCGAGCUAUGGCGGCGCUCGGGGAACUGUCGUUUUACGUCGCGACGCAGCAGAGGCCAGACGCAUCACAAGUAUGGGGUAUCACCGACAGUGUGAUUGAGGUCUUCAUCAAGACGUUAGAAGAGGAAGAAGAUGAAAUUACUAAGCACUACGCGUGCAAGAGCAUCGAGAACAUAGUCUCUCACGAGGGCUCAACGUGGAUACAAGACGCAUUCGCGGAGUGUCGCGUCGUAAGUGUUUUGUUUUCAAUCGCGACGAAUGACGCCGUAGACGACCAGCUUCGUGGUACUUCGGCAAGUGCGCUCGCAAGAAUCGUUCGGCUCAAGUCGGAAACGCUUCACCCACUGGUCGGCGAAGAGGAUUGCGAUGGUUCAAAUGCACGCGAUGGCCUGGUGAAAAUGCUUAGAGAUCGUGAGAGAAAAGUACAACAGGCGGCACUCAACGUGUUGUGUAGAGCGCUGGUGGAUGAAAAGUCGCGCUUGAUUGCCACUAUCAUGGAAGUUCAAACGCUUUUGCCCAUUCUUGCUGGAUUGUACGAGCGAAGUCAAACGCCCAUCAUCAAAGCCAAGUCGUUGCUCGCGAUGGCGCUUUUGAUUCGCGCGCAUCCAAAAUGGUUGCAAUCGCUUUGCAAGGCGCGCGUUUUGCCGAUGUUGGAUCGUCAACCGACGCAAAUGGACCCUUAUUUACAAGAAUGUUUCGAUACGUUCGUCACCACCGUUGUGGCCCUCGUGCCGGUCGUGAACACUGGUAUCUUGCAGUACGUCGAGCGAUCGCUCUCCACGGGAUUGUCAUCGGAAAACGCCAUGCGACCGCAAGCGUUUGAGUUAUUUCCUGUGCUCAUUCAUUUGCUGCAAUCGACUGUCAUGCGACCAAAAGUAUUGACCAGUGCGUUUGUGAUCGACAUUGCGAAGUACAUUCGCGCCGCUGAGGCUGAAGAGCAUUACCCUGGUCGCGACGAGCUUCGCGUGGGAGUUAUGGCGUUGCUCGAGACGUGCGCACAGUGUACGAAUGAGUUGAUUCAUAAGGUUGAUGCGUUGACGCGUCACUUAUUACCGGCGCUGUGCGACUUACUCGAAGGAAGUGCGCACGUUGAAACUCGUUUCUUGGCGCUGAAGCUCAUCUACGAACUCUUGCUGCCAUUGCGUUUGGAUUUGGAUAUCGCCACGCAAAGCGGUCUCGAUCGAAAAGUCGUUGCGCACCACUUGGACCAGCUCUUGAUGCAAGACUUGUUCCCGAUGUGCCCUGCGUUGAUCGAUAGUGAAGACCCAAUCCCAUUGUACGCUUUGAAACUUCUCAGCGGCACGCUGGAGAUUGAGCCCGCGCUUUGUCGCGAAAUCAUCGCCUUGGGUUUGGCGCCAAGAUUCUUUGAGUUUCUCUCGCUCGAGCACACGAACAACAACGAGCACAACAUACAUCUGUGUCUCGCCCUCGCUCGAUGCAAAGCGCUCAGCACGCAAUCAUUGUGGGACUUCGACGCCCCUGCGAAAGUCGCGCAAGUAUGUGCGUAUAGCUACGAGCGAAACGUCACGCAGUUUGUCGAGCCCGCGCUCGGCAUCGCCGCCACCCUCCUUCGCCGCGCCGCCGCCGACGCGCCUCGCGCCGCCGGAGACGCCGUCCCAUCCGAAAUCACCCCUCUCCUCGAGGUCGCGCCGACGCUUCGUCGGCUUGCAGCGACCAUACCCGACGGUGCGCUCGCGCGCGAUAUCACUCAUUCCCUCGACACCUUCAACGCGCAUUAA